UCUUGCAUAUUAAUCACAUUCUCACCAAAUCAAAACUAGAAGAAUAAAUUUACAUUCUUGCAAUCUCGAAAAUGGCUCGUACCAAGCAAACAGCUCGCAAGUCCACCGGAGGAAAGGCACCAAGGAAGCAACUCGCGACUAAAGCAGCGAGGAAAUCAGCUCCAGCAACCGGAGGAGUGAAGAAGCCACACAGAUUCCGUCCAGGAACUGUGGCGUUGAGAGAAAUCAGGAAGUAUCAAAAGAGUACAGAGCUUUUGAUCCGUAAGCUUCCGUUCCAGAGAUUGGUUCGUGAGAUUGCUCAAGAUUUCAAGACGGAUCUGAGGUUUCAGAGCAGUGCUGUGGCGGCUCUUCAGGAAGCAGCUGAGGCUUAUCUUGUUGGGCUUUUUGAGGAUACUAAUCUCUGUGCGAUUCAUGCUAAGAGAGUAACCAUCAUGCCUAAGGAUAUUCAGCUUGCGAGGAGAAUCAGGGGAGAGAGGGCUUAAGACAACGAUUCUACUAAGAUGGUGAAGAAGAGGAAGAAGAAGGAUAGUCGUUUAGUUAUGGAUUAUGUAAAUCUGUUCCUUUUCGUAUUCGAGUGUUUUAGGCUUUUGCUUAGUUUAUUUUGUCUUCCAGAUGUUCGAUGAAAUGCUUAUUAAUCUACGGUUGAUUUGCUCUUACAA